AUGAAGCUUGCCCGGACCACGCCGAUUUCAUUUCCUCAGAGCCCACAGCUGGCGUCAGGGAUGCAGAGCACUCCCGCAAGCGGCGGCGCCUUGAGGAUGCAGCGCUGGAUGGAGACGAGAUUGACUCAUACAAUGAUGCUAGUGAGGUUCGUUGCCAAUUCAAACGAUAUGCCUCCUGAAGAUAUCAGCGAUGCAACCGUCAGAAAGGAGGAAGAUGCAGAGGGCAUGUUCGUAUCCAACUCAAAUGGCUCCAGUUGGACUCGAAGAACUAGGAUCGGUAAGGCAGCAUAUGAGAGGGAAAUUAAUCCAAGCAGGUUCCUGCUCUCGAGGUUUCAAUACAUGCUUAUACUGAGAAAAAAAACUGGUGAUGAUCCAACUUGGAUUCCAGGAGGUUCCUCGGAAACAUGUCUUGAAACGUUGGACGAGGGAAGCAAGGUAUAUUUUGCCAGCAGAAUUUUUGCGCUGCUAGAAGGAUCAAGGUCCUCUGAAGUACUCUUCACGGAGACAUAA